AUGUAUUGCUGUGGGCUGGGACACUGGCGGAGAGUGCAGUCCACCCAUGGAGAGCGUCAGGACUCGGACAUCGUUGAGGAAAGAAACGCCCAGGUCCAGCUGGAGAAGGCCAAGUACAAGCCUGUGGCGUUUGCUGUACGCUGCAACUUCUCUUACACACCAGCAGAUGACGACAACGUUCCCGUCCCAGGCCAGGCCGUCACCUUCGAAGCCAGAGACUUCAUACAUGUCAAAGAGAAGUUUAACAAUGACUGGUGGAUUGGCCGGCCGGUGAAGGAGGAUGGCGUGGUGGGCUUCGUCCCGAGUCCAGUCAACCUGGAAACCAUUCUCAUCAGGAGAGAAGUCCAAGCCAGGAAAGCUGCCAAGGCCUUAGCCAACAAAGCAGCGGCUCAAGCAGCUCAAGAUAUGAACUCAAAGAAGUACACUCCUCCAUCACAAGCCAAUCAGCAGGUGAAGAAGAAACCGGGUGAGCAGGUGGCCAUGUAUGAUGUGGUGCCAACAAUGCGUCCUGUGGUUCUGAUGGGACCUUCACUGAAGGGCUUGGAGGUUACAGAUAUGAUGCAAAAAGCACUAUUCGACUUUUUAAAACAUCGAUUUGAAGGCAGAAUCACGAUCACCCGGGUGACAGCAGACAUCUCUCUGGCUAAACGCUCCAUUCUCAACAACCCUGGGAAAAAGGCCUUAAUGGACCGCUCCAACACUCGCUCCAAUUUAGAUACUGCUGCUCAGAUCCAGGGGGAGGUGGAGCGUAUCUUUGAACUGGCCCGCAGCCUGCAGCUGGUGGUUUUAGAUGCAGACACAGUCAACCACCCUCUACAGGUGUCCAAGACCUCCCUGGCUCCGAUCCUCGUCUAUGUCAAAAUCUCCUCGCCAAAGGUGUUGACAAGGCUGAUCAAGACGAGAGGGAAGUCUCAGACCAAACAUCUCAAUGUUCAACUGGUGGCAGCAGACAAACUUGCCCAGUGUCCUCCGGAGAUGUUUGAUGUCAUCUUAGAUGAGAACCAGCUGACAGAUGCCUGUGAGCACAUUGCUGAUUACCUGGAGUCGUACUGGAGAGCCACCCAUCCUCCAGAGAUGGAGCCUGCCAACGCUGUGGUGGCACAGCUGGCGGAAAACACCAUGCCCACCAGUCCCUCCGUCGUACCGGAUGAGCAGAAAAACUUGAAGUCAGCAGCUGUCAAGAGAAAAAGCUCCCGUGAGGACCAUCUGGACAACGAGGCUCCUUCGGCCCCAGCUCAGGAGCCUGAGGAGGGGCACGGAGAGGAGGAGGAACUCCUGAGGGUUGAAUCAAAGCGACCUCAGCACGUCCGUCACCAUCACCACCACCAUCACCGCCGUCAGGAUCACCACAACCACGCACAGCAGCACGGCCACGCCCCUGGCGACAGUGACGCACAACCAAUCAGGGUUCAGAGGGCUCCCCGGAGGCGCCCGGCCGACGUCGAGGAAGAGGAGGAGGACGGUCGCCACAACCACCGAGGCACCAACUACCACCAGCACCACCAGCACCACCAGCACCACCAGCACCACCGUGGCACGCUGCACCUGGGAGAUGACUAUGAGCAGGAGCACAACAGACGCAACCAACAGCACCGGCGUCACCAGCACACGCCGUCUCAGACCGACCGCCAUCCUGCACACCAUCAUCCGAGCUACCACCACUACCAAGGCCGAGGCAGGGAGAGGGACAGAGAGAGAGAGAGAGACAGGGACAGGCACAGGGAGAGAGACAGAGACGCUCCACAGUGGCACAGAGACUCUUAUAUCCACUCAUGA